AAAAGUUUCCUCCACCAGCGAUAUUCAUGGAGUCGACUGCAAGUGUCGGAGACCUUCUUGAGACAGCUCUUCACCCUUCUCAAAGUCCAUCCGGAUUUCUUAGAAAUUAUAUUCUUAUUUGGUGAAAAGAUCGGCCCUGUGGAGGAAUCUUUUGGCUCGUUCUUUUCCCAUUGCCGGCCGCAGAAUGUGCAGAAUCCUUUUGUCGAACCAGCAUGCAGCUACGAUAUCGGGUACAAUAUCAAAUACGCGGCUCUCCAUAUGAGAUCAUUCCCCAAGGACCCCUUCUCCAUUCGAGAAACGGGGGUUUAUCAUAGCUUCAACGCCAAUACGCAAAAAUCCAGCUGGGUCUUUCUCCAGGCAUCCGACUCGCUUCGUGAACGAAUAAAGCACUGCUUUUCGCGCACAAGUGAGUCGCAGGCAAUGGUGCAGUUUCAGAUCCACGGUAUGGUACUGCAAACUGCAUCGCAUGGAUGGCGGGAUUAUCUCGUCUAUUUGGAGGAGACAUUCUCCAAAUUGGUGGAUCGAGGAUUCUAUACAAACAUCAACGGCCCACAGUUAGAAGGUGACUUUGAGGUGGACUUUUCAGACAUACGGAAACUGCAGAUUCUCACGGAUAAAAUCCGGAGGUUACUUCAAAUCCUCCAGUUGAAUAUCACCCUCGCCGAGCAAAUGAAAUGCUCCAUGCAGCGAAUCCGGAAAUAUUCUCCACCAAACCUGUCUGUCGCUUUUGAUAAUGUUGAAUCCUCAAUCGAGAUGUCCAUUCUCCAACAUCGGACAUACAACAGCCGGCUGCAGUCUCUGGUUGACCGUGCACAAGGAAUCAGUGGCUUGAUCCAAAGUAUAUUAGAGAUUCGAACAUCGGAGAGCAGCAAGAAAAUCAACAACAGGAUGCACGAGCUGGCCGAGAAAGGUACAACACAAGACACACGGUCCAUGUCCGUGAUUAGCUUUAUAUCUGCCAUCUUCCUUCCGGCAACCUUUCUAGCCGUAAGACCUACUCCAUCAAUAUCUUUAUACCUGGCUGACAUACCCGCACAGACGUUGUUCGGAAUGAAUUUUUUUGAUUUUCGGGGAGAUGGUCUCACCAUAGCCACGAAUUUUUGGAUAUAUAUUGUCAUGGCAGGCGCAUUGUCCGGUAUGACUGUGCUUCUUUGGUUCUAUUGGCAACGAAGCGUCAAGGCGAAAUACAUGUCCGAAAAAGAUGAUAUCGAGUCGAACAAGGGCAGAUCCUGA